AUGGAAAACACCAAAGCGCGUGCAAUUGAAGACACGACCAAAAUAACAAAAGUAGUUUUUCUUGGUUACAUAAGGCGUGAUGGUGAAACAGCGACGAGUACUGAUACAAUAAAGGACAAUGAAUUAUCAAUAGCACCAUCACAAUCCCAAAUAAGAGAUCAGCAAGAUAUAGACACGCUACAAACGGAAGAGAAUCAACCAUCAGAGUUUCAACCAUCAGAGUUUCAACCAUCAGAGUUUCAACCAUCAGAUGCAGCUGAAGAUUCUAGUAUAAAAGCACAUCAAGAAACUGUUGAUGAUGAUAAUAAUAUUAAAAGUAAAAUUGAAGAUUUUUUUGAAGGCAAGGAAACUGAAGAUUAUUGUCCAUUUGGUAAUAAACAGCCGGUUAUCUGUGAAUGGCACUCGUCAUUGGCAAAUCAAAGCUCCUCUGUGGAUCAUAUAUCAAAUUUUCAAGCUUGUCCCCGCGUAAAAAGUGUAGAAAUUUUAAGAUUUUUCAAAUUUCAGGUUUGA